CACUCCCGCAACACCCUCAACGUACCUACCAUUUCUACCCAAUUACCACUAUGGUGGACUGGAACGAUCCUGGCUUUGAAGUGAAAUUGGAGAUGCUUUCAGUACAGUUGUUGUAUGCUAUUUUUGGCUUAUAUAGCUGGGAAUAUAUACGCUCCUCACAUGUGGAGAUAGCAUUACUCCGGAGGCAGCUUUCAUUUCGAUGGGCUUUGCUCUCGUACAUUACUGCCAGAUUCAGCUUCCUGAUUGCGACCAUUUUACUUGCGAUGCGAUCUAGUCCCUUCCACACAAGCAUGAGUUGUCAGAGCAUGGAUUUUGCGAUCAUGUUCUUGACAAACAUCGCCAUCGGCUGCUCCACAACAAACCUGAUGAUCAGAACAUGGCUGAUUUGGAAGACCAGUUGCUUGCUGCGCCUUUUGCUAGUCCUCUUAUCACUAGGUCAUUGGACAUUGCUCACUCUCUUCCCGACAACCGCUCGUGCAUCCACCAUAAACGGGAUAUGCGUGGUUCAUUUUGUCAAUCCCGCAUAUGCCAGUGCGGUGGUCAUAUAUACCAUGUCGUAUGAUCUGGUACUUUUGGUCUUUACCGUUAUUGGACUUUUGAAGAUGCCAUCGUCUUCUACGCUAUGGAAGACGCUCGUGAAACAAGGGGUGAUAUAUUUUGUCCUCAAUUUCGUAGUGAACCUUAUCCUACUGGUCCUGAAUCGUUUGAACCUGAAUCCUAUUAUGGAUGCUAUUUUGGGAAUGCCUGCGGCAUGCAUCUGGUCAGGACUCUCGUCACGGUUUCCGGUUUAGACGCAUGACCUACUUUCAUUUGCAGCAC